AUGAUAUGGAACCGGCUCGCACAGCCUGUGAGGUCCCAUGCCCGACACGGGCUCUACGGAGCCCUAAGACCUAGUCACCGUGCUGUGGUGUAUACCUCUAAGCGGUUCAAUUCAAACCCCCAAAAUACAGGGCAAUAUACCCCAGAUCCCACCGACCAGGAUGAUCCUGACGACGGCAAGGGGAAAGGUCAGGGUCGCGGCGGCGACUCAGAUCCCAAUUUCAAAUCUACGAUCCUGAAAAUGCUUGAGACUGCCGCAACUACAGCUGCAUCAAUCGCCAUUUUAGGUGCGGCGGGAUACUCUUACCAUCAGUACUACAAGUACUUGAUCCUCGACAAGAUGGACAAUGCUUUCAACCCCGGAGAUCCCGCUCUCGAGGUCGCGGGUGUUGUAUCUGGGAAGCAUAAGUAUCGUCAUGAGGAACACUGGGUGGUCCGUAACGAGCAGCCCAAGAUUGACGAUAUCGUAGCUGGACGCAGGAGUGGUCACUACUAUCUCAUGAUAGGCGAGAAGGGCACGGGAAAAACUUCGAUGCUAUUGGAGGCCAUGCGCAAGAUCAAUGGCAACAGCUGUGCGAUGUUUGAAGCACACGCCGACCUUGAAAUUUUCCGCAUUCGACUAGGCAAAGCUUUGGACUACGAGUUCCACGAGGAUUAUAUCGGCAGUCUCUUCAGCAUCCGUGGACCCAGGGACACCACGGCUCUAUUGGACAUCGAACGUGCCUUUAACAAAUUGGAGAAAGUGGCACUUACCAGAAGGCGCGAGGGAUCUACUCCCCUGAUUUUGAUCAUUAAUAGCACCCAUUUAGUCAGAGAUGACCAUGAUGGACAAGAUUUGCUCGAAAUGAUCCAGCAGCGCGCCGAGCAAUGGGCUGCCAGCGGCCUUGUUACCACAAGUAAGACCCCAUCAACUCUUGAUCUGUUUGCUUCAUCUAAUCACAAUAAACCAGUCUUGAACAGUGACGAUUACUGGGUGUAUGAGCGCCUAAAGCGCUACGCGACUCGCAUGGAAGUCAUUCCUGUAACUGAUCUACCCAAGGACAAGGCAAUGACUGCCUUGAAGAAAUAUCGCGAACAGUUCCACAACGAAAGUCUACCCUCUUCGGUUCUAGAGCAGGUUUACAAUAAGGUUGGUGGUCGACUGUCCUUCUUGAACCGCGUUGCCAAAUCCGAGGAUGUCACCAAAGCCUGCAAUGAUAUCUGCCGGGCCGAGAAAACCUGGUUCCUGAACAAGUGCUGGAUCCUUGGAAAGGAAAUGGACGAUGAUGUGAUGGAUGAACAGAAGUUCUCCUCUGCCGCCAUGGUGCUCGCCAAAGCGCUGGUCGAAAUGGAAGAAAAAAUGGAGUCAAAUUAUCACGAUGAGCAUGGACACAUUCUACCGGAGAUUCCGCUCCACAAGGCGCGCGAGAUCAUGACCCGUGCUGACUUCAUCCAAUCCUACGAUCACGAGAAUAUCUUCACCAUUGAUUCGCGAGCAAUGGUGCGUGCCGACUCAGUGCCUAUGCAAUGCGCUUUCCGAGAAAUCUGUGCCAUUGAAAACUUCGAUAAGCACUUGGACGGCACCUUGGAGCGCAUUGGAGACAUCGAGAGCCUUGGCCGUACCCGCGAAUUGACCAUCAAAGACCUUUGGAAUAAUGGGAAGUAUCGCGUUGUUGUGCGCGAUAACCACGGGCGAGAGAGCGGCACAGUGGAGUUUGCUGUGGCCGAGCAAGAAGGUGAAGAUCAAGAUUAG